AUGAAAUUCGGGAUACCUGAAGAUUACGAUAUUGAAAUUGAUAGAACAGAAGCAGUAAAACCCACUGAGUAUAUUGAUUUAAAGCACAAUGUUGAUUAUGCUUUAAAUAAUACUAAAAACAUAAUAUCUUACAUUGAAGAUAAAUAUAAUAGUGAAAAGGAAGAUUCAUUACCACAAUUCCGAUGCUUCAGAAACAUGAUUCACCAGUACUCUCAAGUCUUGCAAGAUAAGUUAAUCGAGAACGAGAGUAAAUUGUCUAGCGUGGCUAACAAUUCGUUCAUGCAAAAUAAAGCAUCGGCCAAUGCUGCUAUUAAUUCUAUAAUACAUGGAUUUGACAGAAGCUUGAAGUUGCAGUCAUCAGAGGUGGAACAGGUGAUAAUACAGGAAGAAGAACGGAAACGUAAGGAGCGGGAGCGUAGAGAGAGAGAAGAACGAGAACGGAAACGCAAGGAAGAAGAGGAGAGAAAACGCAAGGAGGAAGAAGAACGUAAGAAGAAAGCGGAAGAGGAACGCAUACGAAAGGAAAAUGAGGAAAAAAGACAAAAAGAAGAGGAAGAAGAACAAAGGAAACAGCAGAAGUUACUUGAAAUGAAGCAAGAAAAGGAAAAACAAGAGAAAAUAGCACUUGAACUAAAGGCUAAACAAGAAAAAGGGUUAACUAAUUUUGCUGUAGUCGAAAAAGAUUUCCUAAAGUAUGCAAAUGAUAUUAAGGAUAUAAAACAUAAUGUAGUGCUGGCCUUGAACGAAAACAAGGAAUUAAAAAAGGCCAUUGGUGCAUUGAAGCGAAAAAUCAACCCAAAAUUCGGACAAUUGUCGAAUAGUUUCAGCCAGUUAAAUACAAUAUCUUCAGAAGUGGUCCAAUUUGUAAACGAGGCUAAGAACAUGAAUGAAUUAGCAUUCAAUUGGAUAUUAAACUUUAUAGCAAAGGCGAUAAUAGCUCAAGCAGAAACUGAAGUAACUGUUAAGCCUACUGCAUCAUUGCCUUUAGCGAGAUUGGGGUACACCUUACUUAUAACAUAUAAAGAAUUUGAAUAUUACUUGACUGCACGUUUUGUUAAGAAAUGCCCAUUUAUUAUUGGAUAUACUUGUUCAAUUGAUUCCGAAGAAGGUAGAAAACGGAUGGGUUGGAAAAGAAAUGAUAGCAAGUGGGAAGACGAAAUUAAAUAUGAUGAAAGGGUCGCGGGUAUUUGUACUGUAUGGGCAGUUAUGACUAGAUUAGAAGCUCAAUCCUUAAGUGAAUAUUCCAUUGCUGCAUCCUGGAGAUAUUUGGCAAGAACAUUGAAUACUGAUCCUAAGUUACUUACUAAUGCCCAUUUUGCAUGCAUGGGUAAUUGGUGGGAUGCUUGUGCCAAACAAUUUUUAAACUUUUACUCCAAACAAGCUUAUAAGUUAUUGCAUUUAUUAAGUAUUGAAUGGACAAACUCUGUUGCAGAUCAAAAGUUUCCCGCUGCAGCCAGACUUCUUAUAUUGGGUGAAGAAUGGCAACAGAACAAUCAUAUUGAAUCAAUCAAGGAAAUGGAACCAUAG